GCGCAGCGAUGCGGUCCCCACGGACGCGCGGCCGGCCCGGGCGCCCCCUGAGCCUCCUGCUCGCCCUCCUCUGUGCCCUGCGAGCCAAGGUGUGCGGGGCGUCGGGGCAAUUCGAAUUGGAGAUCCUGUCCAUGCAGAACGUGAACGGAGAACUGCAGAACGGAAACUGCUGCGGUGGCUCCCGGAACCCUGGGGACCGCAAAUGCACCCGCGACGAGUGUGACACGUACUUCAAAGUGUGCCUCAAGGAGUAUCAGUCCCGCGUCACGGCCGGGGGCCCCUGCAGCUUCGGCUCGGGGUCCACGCCUGUCAUCGGGGGCAACACCUUCAACCUCAAGGCCAGCCGCGGCCACGACCGCAAUCGCAUCGUGCUGCCCUUCAGUUUUGCCUGGCCGAGGUCCUACACUUUGCUUGUGGAGGCGUGGGAUUCCAGUAAUGACACUGUUCAACCUGAUAGCAUUAUUGAAAAGGCGUCUCACUCAGGCAUGAUAAACCCCAGUCGGCAGUGGCAGACACUGAAGCAGAACACGGGGGUGGCGCACUUUGAGUAUCAGAUCCGUGUGACCUGCGAUGACUACUACUAUGGCUUCGGCUGUAAUAAGUUCUGUCGGCCCAGAGAUGACUUCUUUGGACAUUAUGCCUGUGACCAGAAUGGCAACAAAACUUGUAUGGAGGGCUGGAUGGGCCCCGAGUGUAACAAAGCUAUUUGCCGACAAGGCUGUAGUCCCAAGCAUGGGUCUUGCAAAGUCCCCGGUGACUGCAGGUGCCAGUAUGGAUGGCAAGGCCUGUACUGCGAUAAGUGCAUUCCGCAUCCAGGAUGUGUCCACGGCACCUGCAAUGAGCCCUGGCAGUGCCUCUGUGAGACCAACUGGGGUGGUCAGCUCUGCGAUAAAGAUCUCAAUUACUGUGGGACUCAUCAGCCAUGUCUCAACGGGGGAACCUGUAGCAACACAGGCCCUGACAAAUAUCAGUGUUCCUGCCCCGAGGGGUACUCAGGACCCAACUGUGAAAUCGCUGAGCACGCUUGUCUCUCAGAUCCUUGCCACAACAGAGGCAGCUGCAAAGAGACCUCCCUGGGGUUUGAGUGCGAGUGUUCUCCUGGCUGGACUGGACCCACAUGUUCUACAAACAUUGAUGACUGUUCUCCAAAUAACUGUUCCCACGGGGGCACCUGCCAGGACUUGGUAAACGGAUUUAAGUGUGUGUGCCCUCCCCAGUGGACUGGCAAGACGUGCCAGUUAGAUGCAAAUGAAUGUGAGGCCAAACCUUGUGUAAAUGCCAAAUCCUGUAAGAAUCUGAUUGGCAGCUACUACUGUGAUUGUCUUCCUGGCUGGAUGGGUCAGAAUUGUGACAUAAAUAUUAAUGACUGCCUUGGCCAGUGUCAGAAUGACGCCACCUGUCGGGAUUUGGUUAAUGGUUAUCGCUGUAUCUGUCCACCUGGCUAUGCAGGCGAUCACUGUGAGAGAGACAUCGAUGAAUGUGCCAGCAACCCCUGUUUGAAUGGGGGUCACUGUCAGAAUGAAAUUAACAGAUUCCAGUGUCUGUGUCCCACUGGUUUCUCUGGAAACCUCUGUCAGCUCGACAUAGAUUAUUGUGAACCCAACCCCUGCCAGAAUGGUGCUCAGUGCUACAAUCGAGCCAGCGACUAUUUCUGCAAGUGCCCAGAGGACUAUGAGGGCAAGAACUGCUCACACCUGAAAGACCACUGCCGCACUACACCUUGUGAAGUGAUUGACAGCUGCACCGUGGCCAUGGCUUCCAAUGACACACCUGAAGGGGUGCGGUAUAUCUCCUCCAACGUCUGUGGCCCCCACGGGAAGUGCAAGAGCCAGUCGGGAGGCAAAUUCACCUGCGACUGUAACAAAGGCUUCACAGGAACAUACUGCCAUGAAAAUAUUAAUGAUUGCGAGAGCAACCCCUGUAAAAAUGGUGGCACUUGCAUUGACGGUGUCAAUUCAUACAAGUGUAUCUGCAGUGAUGGCUGGGAGGGAGCCUACUGUGAAACCAAUAUUAAUGACUGCAGCCAGAACCCUUGCCACAAUGGGGGCACGUGUCGUGACCUGGUUAACGACUUCUACUGUGACUGUAAAAAUGGUUGGAAAGGAAAGACCUGCCACUCCCGUGACAGCCAAUGUGAUGAGGCCACAUGCAACAAUGGCGGCACCUGCUAUGAUGAAGGGGAUGCGUUUAAGUGCAUGUGUCCUGGAGGCUGGGAAGGAACAACCUGUAACAUAGCCAGAAACAGUAGCUGCCUGCCCAACCCCUGCCAUAAUGGGGGAACCUGUGUGGUCAAUGGCGAGACCUUCACAUGUGUCUGCAAAGAAGGCUGGGAGGGGCCCAUCUGCACUCAGAAUACCAAUGACUGCAGCCCUCAUCCCUGUUACAACAGUGGCACCUGCGUGGAUGGAGACAACUGGUACCGGUGUGAAUGUGCUCCAGGUUUUGCUGGGCCUGAUUGCAGAAUAAACAUCAAUGAAUGCCAGUCUUCACCUUGUGCCUUUGGAGCAACCUGUGUGGAUGAGAUCAAUGGCUACCGGUGUAUCUGCCCCCUGGGGCACAGUGGUACCAGGUGCCAAGAAGUUUCAGGGAGACCUUGCAUCACCAUGGGGAGUGUAAUACCCGAUGGGGCCAAGUGGGAUGAUGACUGUAACACCUGCCAGUGCUUGAAUGGACGCAUCGCCUGCUCCAAGGUCUGGUGUGGCCCUCGACCUUGCCUACUCCACAAAGGGCACAGUGAAUGCCCCAGUGGGCAGAACUGCAUCCCCAUCCUGGAUGACCAGUGCUUCGUCCGUCCCUGCAUGGGGGUGGGUGAGUGUCGGUCUUCGAGUCUCCAACCAGUGAAGACCAAGUGCACCUCCGACUCCUAUUAUCAGGACAACUGUGCAAACAUUACAUUCACCUUUAACAAAGAGAUGAUGGCACCGGGUCUUACUACGGAGCAUAUUUGCAGUGAACUGAGGAAUCUGAAUAUUUUGAAGAAUGUUUCUGCUGAAUAUUCCAUCUACAUAGCUUGUGAACCUUCCCCUUCAGCAAACAACGAGAUACAUGUAGCCAUUUCUGCUGAAGAUAUCCGGGAUGAUGGAAACCCUAUCAAGGAAAUCACCGACAAAAUAAUAGACCUCGUUAGCAAGCGUGAAGGAAACAGCUCCCUUAUUGCUGCUGUUGCAGAAGUGAGAGUUCAGAGGCGGCCUCCGAAGAACAGAACAGAUUUCCUGGUUCCUUUGCUGAGCUCUGUCUUAACGGUGGCUUGGGUCUGUUGCUUGGUGACGGCAUUCUACUGGUGCAUGCGGAAACGGCGUAAGCCAAGCAGUCACACACACUCGGCCUCCGAAGACAACACCACCAACAAUGUGCGAGAACAGCUGAACCAGAUCAAAAAUCCGAUUGAGAAGCACGGGGCCAACACAGUCCCCAUCAAGGAUUACGAGAACAAAAACUCCAAAAUGUCUAAAAUAAGGACACACAACUCUGAAGUCGAGGAGGAUGACAUGGAUAAGCACCAGCAGAAAGCCCGGUUUGCCAAACAGCCAGUAUACACGCUGGUAGACAGAGAGGAGAAGCCCCCCAAUGGCACGCCGACAAAACACCCAAACUGGACAAACAAACAGGACAACAGAGACUUGGAAAGUGCCCAAAGCUUGAACCGGAUGGAGUACAUCGUAUAGCAGACAGUGGGUGGCUGCUACUACUAGGUAGAGUCUGACAGUCUUGAGGGCACUCGGGGCUUGUUUUCUUUAGACUGUUGUCAUAUUUGAGUCUGAGGCUGUUGUUGACUUAGAAUCCCUGUGUUAAUUUAAGUUUCGACAAGCUGGCUUACACUGGCAAUGGUAGUUUCUGUGGUUGGCUGGGAAAUCAAGAGCUGCACCUCACAGCUAUGCAAAAAACGAGUCCAACGUGCCCUGAUGCACUGGUGUGUGUUCCCUGCAGCUGACACGUCAAGAAUUGGGCUCCCAGGACACUGCCCAGCCCCUAGUCCUCGAGCUUCCACUUCUGCCAGAUGUCCUAAUGGUGAUGCAGUCUUAGCAUAGUUUUAUUUAUAUUUAUUGACUCUUGAGUUGUUUUUGUAUAUUGGUUUUAUGAUGACGUACAAGUAGUUCUGUAUUUGAAAAGUGCCUUUGCAGCUCAGAACCACAGCAACUAUCACAAAUGAGUUUAUUAUUUAUUUUUUUUAUUGUAUUUUUGUCGUUGGGGGAGGGGGGCUUUGCUGUCAGCAGUUGCUGGUAAAAUGAAGAAUUUAAAGAGGAAAAAUGUGUCAAAAGUAGAAUUUUUGUAUAGUUAUGUAAAUAAUUCUUUUUUAUUAAUCACUGUGUAUAUUUGAUUUAUUAACUUAAUAAUCAAGAGCCUUAAAAACAUCAUUCCUUUUUAUUUAUAUGUAUGUGUUUAGAACUGAAGGUUUUGAUAGCAUUGUAAGUGUAUGGCUUUAUUUUUUUGAACUUCUUUUCUCAUUGCGUGUUGCCUAUAAGUCAAAAUUUAAGGUGUUUGAAAAUAGUUUUAUUUUAAAAAGAUAGGGUGGGCUUCUGUGCCUGGGAAUACUGAUGGAAUUUUUUUUUUUUUGUACGACGUCAGAUGUUAAAACACCUUCUAGAUAGAUAGCAUCACUUUGAGACACGUUUUAAGGACUGACUGAGGCAGUUUGAGAAUUAGUCUAGAACAGGUUCUCUUUUUUUGUUGUUGUUUUGUUUUGUUUUGUUUCCUGCUUUAGACUUGAAAAGAGACAGGCAGGUGAUGUGCUACAGAGCAGUUCAAGGGAACACGUUGAGCUAUGACUAAAUGUAGCCAGGAUGUGAGUGGUUGAAUAUCAUUAAAAAUAUCAAAAUUGUGUGGAGUUGGAAGCACACCAAUCUUAUUUUGUAAAUUCUGAUUUCUUUUCACCAUUCGUAUGUAAUACUGAACCACUUGUAGAUUUGAGUUCUUGUUGUUAUCUACUGCAUUUAGGGAGUAUUCUAAUAAGCUAGUUGAAUACUUGAACCAUAAAAUGUCCAGUAAGAUCACUGUUUAGAUUUGCUAUAGAGUACACUGCCUGCCUUAAGUGAGGAAAUCAAAGUACUAUUACCAAGUUGAAGAUGAAAAAGGCUUAUAAAACAGAGCAAUCUUGUUGGUUCACCAGUGAGACCGUGAAGAUAACUUUGUAUUGUUUUCUUAGUGUUAUUUGAACAUAAAAAAUGCAUCUUUGAUGUGUUGUUCCUGGCAAUAAGUUUUGAAAAGUAAUAUUUAUUAAAUUUUUUUUUGUAUGAAAAACAUGGAAGAGUGUGGCCUCUUGUGAGCUGAUGUAGUUCUCCAGGUUUGGCUGUGAUCUGUGCAGGCAGUCAAUUGAGUAGGGCAGGCAGUGCCUGACAGGGGCACAGGUGAGGUGCCGAAAGGCUUUCCAACCACAAAACUCAUCCAAAGUUCUCAAAAGAACCUUGAGGGUGCUAUGAGGCAGGAGCUGUGGGAGCCACGUGUUCCUUGUUGUUCAACAGCAAGUGUGCAUAUUCCUGAAUAAAUACCACUGGAUCAAUGG